AUGGGUCUACCGGGCAUACACAACCGCAAACCAGCCUACAGUUACGACGACAGGGGAGGCUAUUUUCCAUUCGAAUGCCUUGAUCAAAACGUUCAGCUUACAUUCCCUGCCUCUGCUUUCAAGUCGAACGGGACUGCACAGGUCAACGUUGGCUUAAAGAAAGCUAUCUACGAUGCGCUCAGAAAAAUUGAUGUCCUGUUUGAGAAUGAUACCAUGCCAAACAGCUGGGACCAAAAGAAAAUAGACGACUUCAGAAACAUAGUUUACCGACUGGUCGAGGAGAACGAGUGUGUUUUGAACUCAUCUCAGGCGAUCGAAGACGACUUUUCUGACAGAGAAAUCCUACUGGAUGCAUAUUUUAAAGAAAUGGCAGACCUCCUCCUACAAAAGGAAUUCAGCGCCUGCGCGUGGGAGGUCGUGCGAAAGGAGACCUUGCGCACGCUCGGGUUCAUCUUGCAGAACGCCUCCGAUCACCUGUUCUGGACAAGAAGGCACGGGCACAAACGUCGUCGUUAGAUGCAACAAUUCAUCAUUCCACGGUCCAUCUUCUCAUCGUUUUCCCCAGUGUGAUACAUUUCAUGACAUGAUUAAUUUAUUUGUACAUAUGCUAUUAUGAUUAUUUAUUCAUGCACCACUGUCACGUAA